ACAGGGCAGUGUUAAACUCGCCCAGAUCGUCGGAAUCGUGUUGAGAUGUUUCAUAAAACUAGAAACUGUGUGGCGGAUUCAAAUGUUUCCACAUAUACAUGUACCUAACUGAAUAAUUAUGUGAAUGAAUACAGAAACUGGACAAACUCGAUCAAUGGCCUCCUCACUGUCACCACGACUGUUUACUAACCGUAAAAGCAGCGGGGAAAUCCUGAGUCGGUUUGUGAACUGUGUCUAUAUUUAUACUUCCUGAAUCGACUACCAGGUAAUGUUUAAACUUAAAUGGAAAUUCCAGCUGUUUCGUGAUACGUUCGGUGCACUUUAAAAUUAAACAUGUCUCCCCCACAGGAAUGCCAUGUAAAGAACGGAAACAAUUCUAGAAAAGCAUUGGUGAUAUCGUUUAUUUUAAAUGUUCUUCUAUUGUGCGUUUUUAUCAUUUUACUUGUGUUAAGAGGAAACUCUCAGAGUAACAAAGAACAAACGGAGUGGACUCCGAAUAAACAUAUCCUCCAGAAAAUGGAUACGAACGUCAUUUUAACGGAGGAUGAUAUCUGUCUGUCGUGUGAUGAGCUUGGAGACAGCGUCAACGUCAAUGACACGCUUUACGAUUUCAUAACGAAAUCAAGCUGCGGAGGAAAACUGUGCUGCUUCAAAGGAAGGGGACUUAAAAUGUUUAUAUUGAAGAUAUUAGACAGCUCUAAUCAUCCUUCAGCAAUGGAUGACAUAGCAGUUAUUAAGGAUGAUUUUCGCUGGUGGUCAACUCGUACAAAUGCAGCCCACUUAUUUUUGAAUCAGUCCGGUUUCCCUCCGGCCUGGACACCGGACACUGUUCCUGGUGUUUCCUUCACGGACCUGCCCAUCGUGGAUAACCGGAUACAGAUCAAAGAAGAAGGCGUCUACUAUGUGUACGCCAUAUUCUCUUUAGAUUUCGGACCACGUGGGCCUGUCAUCCCCCAGAUAUACCACAAUAUAACCAGUCAGCACCCCUUGCUAAAGAACACGGGACAACAGCUCCAUUUUAUGAACAAAUAUGGAGGAUUUUCUAAUCGACGACAAACACAGCAUUCCAGUUUCUUGAGUGGUAUUGUCCAUUUGAGGCGCGGCUUUGAACUGGCUACGCAGAUAUCAACAUAUUCUUUUAUAGACCAUGCUAAAUACUCAAACUUCUUCGGAUUAUUCAAAUUAAACACUUGAUUAUUGCAAAGUCAACGUAAAUGUAUCAGUUUCGUCGUGAUUUACGUGUAUGUGUUGUUUGACGAUAUUUUAGUUUUUGAACAACAUAGAAUUUUUUAAUUUUUUUUCAAAGUUCUAUCUAUUGAAAUUGAUAAUUCAUAGAUUUGAAAUACUCCCAUUAUGUGAACUUUCUUAUGACUUAUAAUGAUACAGAACUUGAUAUAGAUUUUAUUUCGGAUUUCGAUACUCUAUGCAUGGAUCUCAGUAGUUAGAACAUUCGCUGCAUGUCCGGGCUGGUGUAACAGCAAUAGUGACCCCGUUGAGGGAAGAGAGUACCAAUUCAUUUCCCAUAGACCUCAAUGCUAACCUUUUGGCCCUCUCACUAAUUAACUAUAUCAAUUUUAAAGAAAUGACCGCAAGCAUUUCAAAGUUCAUUCCAAGUGUUGAUAAUAAACAACAAAAAAUAUAUAGGGUCCUGUGCCUUUUAUAGGCCAUAUUUGUACUUUUUUACAACACAUAGCAAUCUGCAGUAAAUUACACACUUCAUUUUAAGCACAUCCCUACCAUGGUAAUUUCCUCAGUCAUUUCUCGAUUUUGUGCGAUAAUUUUUCAUUCUGACAAUUAAUUUGAACCUCUAUAAUACUUCUUUCAAUUCCAAAUAGUUUCACUCCUCAUAUUAGCCAAUCACGCAACACUUAGACAUUUAUACCUUUGCUCAAUCUUGGGAAAACUGCGUCCGGGUUACGCAUGCGGGGGUUUGGUACUCUCAUUCCUUGAAAAAUGAUCCCAGGGGUCAUUUCUUAACGUUAAAAAUUUACCCCAAUCAAAAUUUAACGUUGAAUUUUUAUAUUUAAAAACGGUCGUUGAAAAGUGAUCAACGUUAAAUUUUGAUCAGUAAUGGGGUAAUUUUUAACGGCUUCUUAAACAUUCCACACAUAAUAAAAAGAAACAUUUUGUAUAUUUGAGAUCAUUUUUAUGCCAGGUAGAAUUUAAAUAGACAGGAAAUUGUGCUUUAAAAUAAAAGAAGAUACUCCAAAAAAUU